AGGAAUUCCCAAACAAAACAAAACGAAAAGAUAGUCGAAACCGAUCGAAACAGAACAGAAAGAAAGCGAACGUGCGAGAGACGACGGCGAGCGGAGGAGGAAGAGCUUCUUGCAUCCACAUUUCUUCUUUAGGUUAACCUUAAAUAAUUAAAAUGGAUAGAAACGAGAGAGUUAAAUCCACUAAGAAGUUCAGUUGCUCUGAUUCAGACUCAAAUAGUACUCAGAGUUGUAAACUGAUUUCAAAGCCAUUUCUCCCUGAAGACGUAAUGUUUAAUGUCCUUACUUUAGUUUCCAUAAAUUGCUUGAUUAACUCUGGAAGAUAUGUUUGUAAAACUUGGGCUGCCACUAUUAGAAGCUUCGGUUUUGCUGAAGCACAUGAACGCCGUGCAAGUUCCAAACAUGGUCUGUACGUGGAAAGUUUGGCGACAGGAAUUAGUUCCUAUUUCUUGGAAUUUAAAAAUGAUGACAUGAAUGGUGAAAUUCAAAGAUUUGAUCUGGGAACACCUCAAGGAAUGGGAGAUAUAAUUGCUAGUUGUGAUGGCAUAUUGCUUUUAUCAAAUAUUUCUAGGCAAGUAUUUGCGGUGAACCCCAUUAUCAAGUGUUGGCUUAGAAUUCCUUCUUUUCCCAGUUCUCUGCAACUUGAACAGAUGAACAUUAGGUGCCAAUGUACUAUAGCACAUGUUCCUCUCACUUCUGAAUUCAAGGCGUUUCUUGUGGAUGUACUUGAGAUUUCGGGUUCUGCUUGGUUUGUUUUUUAUGUGCUGAGAAUUGGAAUAGAUAACUCAUGGAAAGAGAUAGCUAGAAGAGAAGCUCCACUUAACCACUAUUUUUUUUGGGAACCAAUAUAUAGUGGAGCUAAUGAUCUUUACUGGAUAACAAUUGAUGAGGUGAUUGUGAUCGACGUUGACAAGGAAAUUAUUGUACGUGGAUAUCCACUUCCCGAUGAGUCAAUGCUUGAUGGCUCGCUUCCAGUGUAUUUAUGGAUGGAAAAUCGCCUUUCUUGCAUUGCCUAUAAAGAUUUGUCUCAAUCAUAUAAAAUCUUUAUUUUUGAUUUUGAUUCAGAAAAAUGGUGCCUUUAUCAUGAGAUUGGACCUUUUGAUUAUGUUGCUGCUUGUGCUCAAUCGCUUCAUGUUUUGUUCGUGACAUUCCGAUUGUGGAUCAACUAUCAAAUUAUCUUUCAGGUAGCAAUUAAUCAAAGCCCAAUUGGAAAUAUACCUCCCAGCCCAAAAAGCAUGCAUCUUGGUUACAAUAUCAAAACCAGACAACUCAUGAAAAUUGAGGGCAUUGAUGAAGGCAAUGUUGAGGUAUGGCUUCAUAGAAACAGUCUAGUUUCAUUGCCAUGAACUCCGAGAUAGUUAUGAUCUUCUUCAACUCUUCCAAAUGGUCGAUUAUAGCGUGUCACACCGUUUCUUGAAAACUAAUCAACCUAUCAGGACGAGAAAAGUCAUUAUGGACCCAUGUGGAUACUCGAGGUCAGGUGACGACAUUUUGAUCAUAAUUUGGUUUUAGUAUUUAUGAGAUGUUUGGAAAUGGGGUUAUGCUUUUUUCGUUCCUCUAUUUUCUCCAUCAUUUUAUGUUUGUAUUCUUUCCUUUUGUUGUUUAAUCUGUUGUGGAUUAAACAAUUGGAUUUUCUGCACAUGACCUGAAAUUGGUAUGAACUAUAUUCAUGAGUUUGUAAUUGCCUAACAUUAGUAGAUUUUUCUCAAUUUGUAUUCAAGGUCUGAUUUGACUAUUAUGCCAUUGUCUAAGUCAUGCUGCUUAUAGAUUUUUUAAUGGUAUAAUUGUAUAGAAACUAAAGAAUGAUAUGUAUGGUGCAAAUGUAUAAAGAUUAAAGUCUUCAUUCCUUGAACUUUUGACUCAUUGAACUUUCUUUAGAUGAAUCAUGAAAAGUAUUGUUCCAUUGAAAUCUGCAAUUUAUGUUAUAAAGGCAUUUUCAGGUGCUGUAAUUAUCAGCAAAAUGCUCUGGAGUCUGGAGUAAUUAAAAUCAACAGACAGUGCUAUCUGUUAUGUUCAUCUUGUUUGAUUAUUUUCAAAGCCAAGUAGUUACACAAUGAAUAUGAGAGAGGACAGAGACACUCCAUUAUAUUAUCCUCCCUUCUAUUUUUAAAACAAUUUUUUUUUGUUUAUGAACUAGAUAUUUAUGAUUGGAUUUGAAUUAAAAAAAUUCUAGUUAUUUUAGAAGAUAAUUAUGUAUCUCAUUCAAGUGUUCUUAAGUUUUUUCUAAAAUAAAGUCACUUUAAUAAUAGUAAUAAUCUAAGAACACUCAACAAAUCAAACAAUUAGUUAUAAAUAUUUUUUAAUGCUAAAAAGUACUUGCAAAAUAAAGUGAUCAAUCAAAAGAGACUAAUCUUUGACACCAAUUGAAGGGAUUCAAAAACACCCAAAAAAAAAAUAAUGUUUGAAUUGUG